AAGGAAUAGCUCUGAUAUCUCUCCCAACAAUGUUAUAGAGCCGACUAGGCUGACGAACAGCAAUAUUGUACAUCCAGCUCGCCAUCGAGGAUGCCACGGCAACGACUGGACCGGGCAAAGUGGCGGCGGUCGUGCUUGUCGGUUGUCGCUGGCAGCUGCACGGUCUCCCUCUCGCCGGUGGCUGUGCGCGCUCGUGCUUGUCGUCGACGAUCGCGCACUCUCCUCCUCGCCGGCGACUACGCGCGCUCUACUGCUCCCCGGCGCACGCGCGUCGUCCUCCACUCCGGUGCGGCCGCGGCAGGGCACAACGACGGCUUCAAGCACGCAAAUGGGAUACGUUCCACUGUAGCUCCGAUCAUGCCGACGGUGAAGCUCCAUGGACCGAAGCUGCUGCUUCCGAGGAGAGGCAAGAAAGUCAGAGUGGUAUUAUUUGCCGGACGACCGUACGAGCCGGUAUUUUAGGGUACGAACCUUGCUGCAGCGAUAAAGUAGCUAAGAACGUGCUAUAUUUAGCUGACAGGAUGGUUUAUAGUAUAUUAUUGGAGAGAGUAGUCUUAGCUCAUCUCCAUCAGAUCGUCUGUAUUAUUUUCUAUCUCAUCAUUUAUUUCAAAUUUUACUUUA